AAUCAUUAUCGAGUCCUUCGCCCAAGUGGAAGAAGAGUUGAAAGAUUCAUAUGAUUCACUUGAUCCUAUGUGGCAAAGUGACAAUGAACGGUUCUUGAAGCUGAUGCUUAUUGAUGGCUGUUUCACGCUGGAAAUUUUCCGGCCAGCCAUUGAAACUCCGGGCGAUUAUCACUCUGACGAUCUGAUUUUCGGCAAUCACGGGAAGCUCUAUAUCUGGCCGUUUAUCAGACAGGACAUGUUGCUGCUUGAAAAUCAACUGCCCAUGCUUGUUCUUGACAAGCUUCUGGCUAUUAGUAAGCUUGUCAGCAAGGAAUGGGAAAAUGCUUGCACGUACUUGAUAUAUACCGGAAAAACCUGGGCUCCAGUCGAGAGACGACGUCACAAGCUCCAACCUUUUGCACGUAGAUUACAAGAUGGUUCGUUCGGCGAACCAGUUGUAUGA